AUGACCUCAAGCCCAUCUCUCCCUCCACGCUCCAAUCGUGACUGUCCCCCUCCACCAGCAGCCCCUAGUGCUAACCAAGCCCCCGCCGACAUUUAUCUUCACUUCACGCCCAUAGGUCAAUGGGGAAUGCUCGACUACCUUACAAGUAACCCAUCACUCACCUACACAUACCUUACAAGCUCGUGGGUCCUCACACUCUCCCCAGGGACGCUGCCAACACCGCGGUCGAGAAGAAGGUCAAGGCAGCUGCACUUCUCAAAGGAUUUCAGGCAUACCGCUGCAUCAGAUGAUACUGCAGAUCUGUCUGGUGUUAAGCGUGCCGCGCAGCGCGGUGCUGGUUCCCACUGGGGCACAGAUGAUCUGCGCGGGGCACAACAGGCGUCUUGCGCGCGAGUAGCGCGACCGACAGAACGUGCCACCGGCGGGUGUGGUCAUCAAAACUCGUUCAAUCACUCAAAGAUCGACCUUAAUACGGCACCGGUGAACGCGCUAGCGGGGCUUAUGAAGGGAACAUCUGGGGCACUACGAGCAGCCAGGGGCAAGACGGCGGGCAGGAAGAGGAAGCGGGAUGCAGAAGGUCAAGGCAAUUUCCCAAGUGUCAAUAGUGCAGACGUCCCCAGUUCUAAACCCGGUAAUAUCCUCGCACCAAGCGAAAUCCGCAAUCCGCAAACGACACCUUUCUCUCGCCGCAAACCCACCUCCGCCACCUCCGCCACCUCCUCCACCUGCACCGCCUGCAGCUACACCGCCUGCACGUGCACCGCCUCCACUUCCACCUCCGCCUCCACCUCCGCCGCUGCUUCCGCCUCCACCGCCGCCUCCACCUACACCGCUGGCACCUCCGCCACCUCCGCCGCUGCCUCCAGGUGCACCUAG